AUGAAUUUCUUCUCUGAUUCUCAGUUCUCUCCAAGCUCAGUUCUCAAUCUCAACACGCCAAAGCUUCAAACCAUUAUCUCUGGAAAAGAAGUGAGAGAUUUUUCAGAAGAGGAAGGAAGUAAUUACAGGUCAACUACUACUGAGGAAGGAAGGAGAAAAAUUGGGGCUAGUAGUAAAAGCUUGUCUGACCUUGAGUUUGAGGAGCUUAAAGGGUUUAUGGAUCUGGGUUUUGUUUUUACUAAGGAGGAAUGUAGAGAUUCGAACCUGAUUUCUAUUAUCCCUGGCUUACAAAGAUUUGUAGAGAAAAAACAAAGUGAUGUUAUUAGGCCCAAUAACAGAGGAAAAGAUCAUGAUCAAGGGAGUUCGGUUUCGAAGCCUUAUUUAUCUGAGGCUUGGGAUGUUUUGGAUAUUAAAAGAAAGAAGGAGAAGUCUCCAUUGAUGAAUUGGAAGUUAACUGAAACUGGUAGUGAAAUCGACAUGAAAGAUCAACUCAAGUUUUGGGCUCAUUCGGUUGCAUCCACUAUAAGAUAACACAAGUGUUUGAUAUUUUUCUUUUCUGUUUAAUCAAACAGAAAAACUUGCCUGAAUUCUAUAGUUUAAACAACUGAUUUCUAUGUGAUAA